GAGGUGGUGGGGGGGGCUUCUCUCUCUCCCCCAUAGAGCUCAGCAUGAGCGCUCCGCAGCAAAAAGGAUGUGUGAGCAGGCAGCGCGCUACUGUAGGGACGGAGUCCACAAACUGCUUAACAAAGAACAAGCCAAACUUCGAGACCAGGAAAGCCGCGAGCUGCAGCCAACGAAACCCGUAGCCGGUCAGGACAGCGAGUCCGCGACGGCAGCGCAGUCCGGAAACAGCGGAGCCCAGCCCGGUGGAAUCGACGGGCUCGUCCGCUGGAUCGUCACCAAAAUGAGCGACAACAAGAACAUCUCCAGCCGGGAGUACGCUUCCAGCAAGGAGGAGGUGGCCGUGGCUCAGGAGCAGUUCUUCGCUCCGGAACCGCGGAGAGGCAUCUCCGUCAUAUUGGAUAUAUUCAGAAGAGCUGACAAAGAUGAUGAUGGGAAGCUGUCUCUGGAUGAGUUCCAGGCUUUCUUCUCCGAUGGCACGCUGAACGAGGAAGAGCUGGAGAAGCUGUUUCACACCAUCGACUCUGAUAACACCAGUAAUGUUGACACUAAGGAACUCUGUGACUACUUUGCCAAGCACAUGGGGGACUAUGAGGGAGUUCUGGCCUCGCUGGAAACACUCAACCUUUCCAUCCUCAAAGCCAUGGACUUCACCAAAAAGGUUUAUGAGAGAGGAACCAACGUGGAGCAGUUUGUGACCCGUUUCCUGCUGAAGGAAUCAGCCAAUCAGAUCCAGUCUCUCCUGAGCUCUGUGGAGAGUGCCGUGGACGCAAUUGACGAGCAGCACAGCCAAUCAGGUCAUCUACCUGCCAAGGUGAGUCCACGGAUGUCAGAGAGGCGCAACGAAAACAUCGUCCCUGACUAUCCCCCAAACAACAGAGUUAGCGCCAGGGAGGCUGUCAGGACCAUCAACACUGCUUCAGGUGCAGUCGAGGUGAGGAAAGAAGGUCUGGACGCUCAGAUCAACCGCCUGGCUGAACUAAUCGGACGACUGGAGAAUAAGACAGUGUGGUUUGAUCUGCACCAGAGGCUAACAGACACAGAUGGCACUACCAGCGCAUCCUUGCUGCUGAUUCGUCAGGAGAUGGUGGUUUCCCAGAAGAAGCUCGGCGACUUUUGCGAGGCUCUGAAGCAGUACCUGAAGAAUGUCUCCACUCAGAGAGACUGCUUUCAUGUGACUGCGGUGCGUCUGCCGGAUGGUUUAUCCUUCGUCGUCUACGAGUUCUGGGAUGGAGAGGAGGAGUGGAAGAGGCACCUCCAGUCGGCCCCCAACAAAGCCUUUCAGCAUGUGAAGGUGGAUACACUGUGCCAGCCGGAGACCGUGUCCUCUGUAGCCGUGCCAGCCGCCUGGUGCAGCGUGAGCAGGGACUGAGCAUGAAGAUAUCCAACGACACGCCACGACUCCUGGACACUCCUCACCUCCUCUUGAACUCCCCAUCCAACCCUAAAACCUCCUUUUCUCCCCUGCGUUUUACCUGCUCACACCCCCCAAACCCCCUCCUUCAACCCCUCACAUUCCUCAACUCUUUUUGUAAGUACAUGUUUACACAGUGCAAAUGAAUGGCGUCAACUGCAGUGAAAAUUGAACAAACAGUGCAUUUUACAAUGUGAGAUUACUAAUGCGUUUGCAUCUCACCAUAGUAGUUUGCUGGCUCAAGAUAUUGGAUUAUGUCAUGUUCAUGUUUCAAGUAGCUUUGGGCCACUGUAAAGUGGAGUUUGUCAUGUAGCAAGGACCCUGGCGUUGAGUUUUUCAUGUAGCAGUUACUGUUUUUGGGUAGUGCAUUCGGGAACGUGGCUUUUUUUUCCCCCACUCCUGUUAGGGUUGACCACAGGUAGCUCAUCUAGUUAUUUCAUAGUAGCUGCUCAUUGCACAUUUGCUCCCAUUUAGUGUUCUAAUAAUUACAUUUUUUUGUUUUGUAACUGAUCAAAUGCUUUGGACAUUAUUCUCACAUCAGCCAUUCUGAACUCACAUGGACGUGUUGAGUAAAAUAAGGACUAUCUACAGACCUAGUUGCCAGAUUAGCUCGCAAUCUCAGGAAAUCUGAAUGCUUGAAUUUAGCUUGAAGGUUAGCUAGUUCCCUAGCUAGCUGUCAAACUUACCUUUCUGAGUGUCUAAGUAACCGAGUUGGGGUUGUGUCAAAAAAUAUUUAUAUUACGGUGAAAACCAUGAAGGCCUUGCACGCAGUGAAUGGGUUUUUAGAAUGAAUAAGUACUAAAUGUGUAGUUUACGAUUUUCUGCACUGAUAUGGACAAGAGCUAGAACUACUGGCUCAAUAACUUGAUAAAAAUGUAUUCAUACAAUAUAAUAGUAUAUACAACAUCCAUACAUAUAACAUAAUGUCAAUUUGAGAGUUUCCCAGAAGGACCUGAAGACAGCACCAUUGGUAGAUUCUGAUAGCUGGCUGUAAAAGGCCAAAUGCCAUAUUAGUCUGAAUUUAAGACAACCUCGAUUUUGCGAACCCCUGAUUUUUGGGAAAGAAAAGAAGACUUUUGAAGGUAAAAGGACUCAAUAAUACAAGGAAGGCAGAUAUAACAUACCUUCUUCAUAUCUUUUAAAUGUGUUUCAUAAUAAAUAAAUCAAUUUCAUCUCUUGGCAAUAACUGUGGACUAGCUGACAGGUAUUUUCCUACGAUUACCGCUAACAUUAGUAUUCGCUCAAUACUCCACUGUAGGUUAUAGUCCUCUGAACAGAAGGGAUCUCACGAGAACAGAUGCUUCGGUACCAAGUCAACACCAAAAUUCUGAAAAUGUGACGUCCCAUCGUCCCGGGAACAAUAGAAAAUAUAUUCGGGAUACUGUAAACUCCCUAUCUACGCACCCUAAUUUUUCUGUGAUAAUGCUACAUCGUGAACAACAAAUGUCUGUUGAAAUCGAGACGAGAGCUAGUUAAUGUUAACCGUUAGCAGCCAGUAAGCAGCACAAUCCUGCUCGGAGCUAACAGCUGACUUUAACAGGAGGUGUCAUUGAUUUACAUUAUGGUGUGUUCAGGCUUCAUUAAAAGUACUAAAAAUAAGUAUUGGGCGAAGGUAAAUUCUAACACUAUCAUGAUUUUUUCAAAUUUAAUCUUGUAAAUUGCAGUUUUUGGGAAUUAUGACCAGUUUAACUUCCUAACAAAAACCAGUAUGCAAACAUUAAUAAAGGAGUGGAUGUUGAAGUACAUGGGAUUCAUUGUUUUACCUUUCGAGAAUCGCUAUAUUUCCCUGGUAUUGGUAUCGUCUACUAAAUUCUGGUAUCGUGACAUCCCCACUGCACACUCAGGCUAUCAGAGAACCGGGGUUACGGUCGUAACUUUAGGCUUAAAAUGCUUACUUGCAUCUUUCAGAUAUAUUUGUUUUGUCGCUUGAACUUGUUGAGUUUCCUCACAUCAAGUACAUUUAUGUACAAUGGCUGCUGUGGGAGUAAUGUCUAUGAUGGUAUUAUCAUGUGUAAACACAGCACAUGUUUUAAUGAGCAACAGAACCCUAAACCCAAAUCUCUGUGAAGCCAGACAUCAUGAUUGUAUCAGAUGGUGACAUUGCCUGGCACCAAAGACCAGUCAAUAGGAGAGGGCCAGUUCAGAAUUAUGAAAAGAUGUCAGUCUUCACAAAUAUUUGGGUGUGUAGAUGAUUAUGAUCGACAGACACGUAGAGAAACAUUCAGAGAGUUGGUGAUUUAUAUUUCUUCAUGUAGCUUUUAUUUCGUUGGGGUUGACCCUCUGACUUCAGGGUCAUUUAAGAGGUGAGAUGAAUAGAUCAUUUUGCUGUCAAGGGAUAAUUUGUGACUUAGACAAAGAGUCUGCUGCUACCUUGAGACAGAAGAGACUAAGUGGAGAGAUAAAGGCAGCACCUCACUGUUCUUCAUGGAGCUAAACGUUUGUUUUAUUUCCGCCUUUUGUUUGUGCAUUCCUUGUCUGAAUUGGCGGUGGGUAGCUUAUAUUAGCUGUGUAAGUCUAGUAGAGAUUGUACAUAAUGAAAAUGUUGUUCUAUUCUGAUUAUAUUUGUAUUUAUUGACAUCUUUUAGUGCUAUGGUGCAAAGUUUCCUCAGCGGAAGUGGCAGUAGCUUUCUAGGCGCUGCGGCUUCUCGUGUUUGAAUCCGAAUACCAACCAUCAGAAAUUUAAACCCAUCUGAAUGACAUUGAAUAAGAAGCCUUAAACAUCACCACAUGGGAGAGGGGCUUUUAAAGGGUUUUCAGACUCUGUUUUUGGUGUGAUGUAAACUCCCAGUAAGCAGGGAAAUGCCCACCAACGGUCUUUCAGUGAGGACCUCUCGGCAUCAAAGACAGUUUCUCUAUUGCUAUUAGAUUUCUUUUCAGUUAACAACAUAUCACUGAUGACCUUGACUUUGAAAUAGGACUUCACAUCACUUAGCUUACUGUGGCUGAUAGAUCAACCACCUCCGCAUCAAUAGCUCUAACACACAAUGAUCACGUAUAUUGCCACUAUUAACCCCAACUGACAAGAGUCUCAAUACCUAUGACUCAACAUCCUAAGCAUUAGUAGCAGUGGGCUGCUGUAAAGCAGCCUGGAGAGCAACUUGGGGUUCAGCGUCUCGCUCAAGGACACUGGUGAAAGUUAUGCUGAGCGUCACAAAAAAAAGGGAAAAUUCGUGUCCAUGUACAUGAAUCAAAUAAAUUAAAUGUUGUGACUAUUUCACAAACUGCUGUGAGACUGUGUUGGUCAUGCUGACAGGGAUUGUGAUUGUGAUUAAAGCCACAGCUCUCGUGUGACCAACAACAAUAUUAUUCAAUGAAGUUCAUGUUUGGCAGUCUAGUGUCUCGUCGUACAAGAGAAGAUCAGGGUCGAUCUUUGACUCCUGCGUAUACUUUUCACAUUGGCCUCGGUUUCUUUCCACAAUCCAAAUACAUGCAAGUACAUAUACAGUAAAUUAUACAUACAUGUGAUCGAAGGUGAAGUGGCAACAUUUCCUUCCUUCAGCCCAAUUCAUGCUGGAAAGCACUCUGAAAAACUAUAAUUAGUUAAACAAACCAAAUCAAUCAAGGGUAAACGAUAACUUUGGUAUUUUUCAACCUGGAACCUCUAAAUGUUUCUAAUGGGGACAACACUUUUUGAUAUUGGUCCAGUAUUGAGGGGGAUAGCUGCAGCCGCCAACCGCUAAACGGGCUGUAUGUAAUCAUUUGGGUGUAACCUCGUACUGUCAGUUUACAUCCGCUAAAAGUGAUUGUUUUUGCCACUGACAGGCUCAGAUUGUUAUUAUAAGUGUCUGAUAACAUCAUGAAAAAGACCCUACAGAGAUAUGAAACAUUUUUCUUAUCUU